CAGAAAUGUUCUUGUACACUCACGCCCAGCUAUUAUUUCUGACAUGCAAGCGCCUGUAGGCUCAAGCCUUCUGUUUUUGCCGGAGUGGGAAUUACUAUUAUUAUUACUGCUUCUGUUUUCAUCAACGUAACCAAGAUAUUUUGAGAAAGAACAGCAAAACUAACUAUUGCAGUUUCAGGGCGGAUGAGAAAACUCCAAAGCACAGCAAGAUUAGCUAAUAGACACAUCUAUAUCCAAAUAUAGAAGCAAUGUUUUUGGUGUUUUCUCAUAUGUACAAUACAUGUGUUUUCUUGCAUUUUCACAACUCGCCUAAUAAAAAUACCAAUCAUUUUUACCCCCUGUAUCAAUCAUCUACACAACUUUUCCCACAGUUAAUGAUGAUUCAAUUGACCUUCAGGUCUGUAAGUCAAACAAACCCCACUCAGUGAGAGCAAUGCUCUUAAAGCCAGACUGAAUGAGUCCUUUCAGGGAACCCUAAUCAUUUUUUGCUCCCACCCUUCCCCCCACAGAGGGUCUCUGCCUGCUGCUUGCUGCAAGAGUUGCAUCAGGAUAAACGGCAUGAGGGGAGAAGAUCCUCAUUCUCAGUCCCCCUUCAAAAUAAAAUCACGGAAGUAAAUGGGUACAUCAUGCGUCAGAGCAGUCAGAUGGAAGGUGCCGGGAACCGUGUUCAGAGCAGCCCCGAGCCCACAAUGCACCUGGCCGUGGUGGCCUGCGGGGAGAGACUGGAGGAGACCCUCACCAUGAUCAAAUCCGCUGUGCUUUUCAGCAUCAAGCGCCUCUACCUGCAUGUCUUUGCUGAAGAUCAGCUCCACACCAGCUUUAUGGAAGCUUUGGAGUCAUGGCCGGAUUUUCUCCGCUUGAGGUUCAACUACACCGUGUACUCCAUCAGCUUCCCCAGUGAGAACGCAGGCGAGUGGAAGAGGCUCUUCAAACCCUGUGCUUCUCAGAGGCUCUUCCUACCUCUGAUCUUAAAGGACAUCGACUCGAUUGUGUACGUCGACUCUGACAUCCUCUUCCUUCAGCCUGUAGAUGGCUUAUGGGACUUCCUGUCCCGGUUUAAUCCCUCCCAGCUGGCCGCCAUGUCCCCGGAGCACGAGGAGCCUCGCAUCGCCUGGUACAGCCGCUUUGCCCGACACCCCUUCUUUGGCCGGACGGGUAUCAACUCUGGGGUCAUGCUUAUGAAUAUGACAAGGAUGAGGAGCACCUUUUUUAAGAAUGAUAUGACACCAGUGGGACUGCGCUGGGAGGAGCUGCUGAUGCCUCUGCUUCAAAAAUACAAAUUGAAUAUAACCUGGGGAGACCAGGAUCUUCUUAAUAUUAUUUUUCAUCAUAAUCCUGACUUUCUGCUGGAGUUUCCAUGCAAGUGGAACUAUCGCCCAGAUCACUGCAUCUAUGGCAGUAACUGUGCCUCGGCUGAAGAGGAUGGCAUCUUCAUCUUGCAUGGAAACAGAGGGGUUUACCACGACUACAAACAGCCAGCUUUCAGAGGCGUUUAUGAUGCAAUAAAACAGUAUUCCUUUGGCUCAGACCCGGUGACUUCUUUGUUGGAUCCUUUGAAGGAGGAACUACUGAAGACAACCCACACCUACUGUGGCAAAUCCCAUACACUCUUUACCAAGAGACUAGCACUGAGUCUGGCAAACAUAAACAGGAAAACUACUCAUGGACGGUGAUGUCUACGGUAAAGUUGAGGGUUGUGAGCUGCUUGCUGACAGAACUAUUAAACCAUACAACGACGACAGGCAAUGAUGAAGAUUUGAGCUUCUGUUGGAGAACAUCUGCUUGGAGCUCAAAAACCCUGCUGGGAUUGUGUCAAAAUGAGGAUAACGGCUCCCUUCUUGUAAAUUACUCUGUAUAAGAGCCUGACGUAAAACCCUGAAACCUGCUGCAACUUGAGUGCUGAACUAUGAGGUAUAUUCUACAGAUGUAUAGAUUUUUUUUUCUUCAAGCAUAUUUUAGUGACAAUAUUGGAAAAAACCGGGAAAAUAUGGGAAAACCGGUAAGGAAGCCUCUACCAUGGAGGAAAGAGAAAUCCUCUUAAUGGACUUUUAGUUCUGAUUCUGAAUGAAAAUGCAAAAAUUAAGAAGAAAGGCAUUAGAAUUUCCAUAUUGGAGAAUUUAUUAAACUUUUAUUAGAAGGAGACUGUUAUCUACAUCAGAAGUGGAUAAAAGGUUUUGAAAUAUGUGGGCACUGGACCAUGUUUUUGCAACGUUCAGAAAUUAGGGAUGUCCCGACUCCAGUUAUUCACUUUGGGUCCAGGUCGAGGCUUUUUUUUUUUAGAUGAUUUUAUCAGGAGCCCGGAUGAAACUCAAUUCCCAAUACCUUUUGUCUGUGAUAAUGUCAGAUGUGGCCAAUUUUUCUCAUUCUUGGCCUAUUUUUAUGCGGAAAACUGUAGUAGACCUUGCACAAUAUUUUGUUGAUUUAACAAAUUUGUGUUCCCGGUCUAGCUUUGUUGUGACCUUGUCUGUCUACUGUGCUACGCAGACAAAUGUUCAAGUUGAAGAUAGACAUACAGAAAGCAGCUGAAACACUCGUCAGUAAAAUUUACGACGUUCAAAGCAAAGCGCUAAGGUUAUGAAGCUAAUAAAUAACCCCAUUACGUUUUGUUUGCACACAAAUAACUGGAAUUGCCCUGAAAUAUGUUACUAGAGGUCAUUCAGUCAUAUCAAAAAAAUGAAUAAACAAGCUAACAUUAGCCCCUCACUUCAGCAAACUGAUUAUCAUAAAAAAAUCACCAGCAGAGACAAGAAAUUAAUUUAUGGAGUACUGUAGAUGUGUUGAGACAAGUACACUUUUAAAAGAUAAAUAAUAAAGCUAUGUGCACGUCUGGUGUUGCACUUUCAGAAUGUUACAGUAGCUUUCUUAACCUAGCUAAUUGAUGUUGGAGCUGCAUAGUAAGGCUGUCCUGCAGAAACUCUGCCAUGAGAAAAAAAAUGGGAGAGACUGCAGCAUUUUAUGAGCGAGAUAAGUGCUUAACAGUCAGAAUACUGACAUAAACCAUAUGAUACUGAUUAAACAGUCUUAUUUUACUGCAUAACUAGUUUUGAUUUUAAUGAUGUAGUGGACUGGGACUACCACAAAAAAUUCUGAUAAAUUUUUUUUUUUAAAGAAUGUCUUAGUAAGUGAAAGUAGUUGGAGUUUUUUACAUUACCAAAUCAAAUGUGUUUUUUUUUUAGUUUUUUUUUUUUAAUUUAAGCUAAAACUGCUGGCAAGGGGGCUGCACGGUGGCGCAGUUGGUAAAACUGUUGCCUUGCAGCAAGAAGGUCCUGGGCAUGCGUGGGUUCUCACGGGUUACCUUAGGUGUGUGAAUGAGUGUGUGCAUGGUUUGUGUAUUUUCCUGCGAUAGACUACCGACCUGUCCAGGGUGUACCCCGCCUCCUGCCCAUAGACUGCUGGAGAUAGACACCAGCUUCCCCGUGACCCACUAUGAAAGAAGCGGUAUAGAAAAUGGCCGACUGACUGUUGGCAAGGUACCAAAACAGAAAUUCUCCACCUUCAUUUAGUAAAAGUUAUUUUCUCAUGCGAUGUAAAAUUUUGUAGUUUUUUUUUUUGUUUAAUUUUUUUAUGUUGAGAUUGUGUUUUUUUUUUUUUUUAAACAAUGUAUUAACUUGCAUUCAGGUGUAAAAUAAGACUUGAAUGUGUGAACAACCCGCAAGUUCACUUCUAAUACCAAAGACUUGUUACUGUGAUUAAAGUUUGUGCACCACUGAAUGUAUGUCAUAUAGUAAGGGGUUAAAUGGGUAUAAUUGAGAGUCUAUGUUGCUAUUGCUCCAAUGUGAGGUUUUUGUGAUUUCAUUAAAGAACAUUUCAAAUUUU